AAAACUACCAAUCUGCGUUUUCACUGAAAUUUGAUCCUUGCGAUUAUUGACUGGUACAUCGAAUUUCGCUGAAGAAAACUGCUUCGUCGUUGACAUGGGUGCAACAAGCGUUUCAUUCCUUUUAAUUUUGUUGGUUGGAGUUACUCGUUAUUCUGUUGGUGCUCCACUUGGGAAAGAAGUACUACGUGACCGAAUCAAAGAGUUCUUCAGGCGGAUGGCCUAUCUCUGUGAAUAUCAACAACCAAAGCUGAAUGACUUGGCAUACGAAACAAAAAGAGCUUUUGCUAAAAAAUACUUCGGCGAUCCUCUGGAAGCAAGACCAGUAACCAUGAAAGGAGUAGAGCUGCUGGAUAACCGCAAAAGGCUCCCGUUGCACGUUUUUGCAUCGAAGGCAUACAAACAAGUGGCUAUAUUUCACUCAGUCUUCCAAGAUAUUACACAAAAUUGGUCCCAGAGUCAACGAGAAAACAAAGAAAUUAAAGAUAACCUCAGAGGCAUUCAAGGACGCCUUCAACACCUGAAAAAACUCAUGGAGAAAGUGGUCCGUUUGAGUUCCCAGUCCCCUGGAAAUUCUUCUCUGCCUCAAGUUCCACAGCCAAACAGAAAAAUCUGGAGCGAUUCUAUUCAUCGACAGAAAGCCUGGAUAUUAGGAGUAUUGGGAGAGUUCAAACUUAGUCUCAUUUACCUGCGGCCCGCCAUAAGAAAGCGCGCGUGUAAAACAUGCAAAGUGAACUGACUGAAAAGAGUUUGUUCAUGUACACUGUAUCAGUGAUUUAUAAAGUAGAGUUUGUAACAGCUCAGCAUUGGAUAAGUUAACUCAUAAGAUUAAUUUUUAAGUCAGAGCUCUUCUUAGAGUAUUUUCAAAUACCGCUUUUUGUAAAAGCUGAUUAUAUUUGUUAGAAUUCACAUUCAUUGUGGCAAAAGCAGGCAAUAUAUCAAAAAAAAGCAAUAAGAAAAACAAUAAAAAGUGUAUUUUUCUGCUGGAUAUUUAUUAAAAAUGCCUUGUAAUUCAUUGGCAUAUAUUUAUUUUUAAGAAAUUACCAACAAUCAAGUCAAGAUCAUUAGAACAACAAAGAAUUUUACCAUAUUAUCGGAAAUAUUUUGUAAGCAUUCUAUAUUAUAAU